UUCCUCCUCUUCUUCUCAACAACUCGGUCCUUUUGGAAGGUAGCCUAGAUUCAAUUCAUUGCUACUAUGGCGCCCUCUGUUCUUGGUCCAGCACGGCGCAUGGGCCUUGCGUUGGCUGCUGGUCUCGUUCUCCUCUCCGCGCUAGCUGUUGCCCAUGAUGCUAUCUCCGUUGGAGACAUGUCAGUGGGUCAGAUCGAGGAGGAGCUGCAGAAUUGCCCUCUCGUCGAAACCCUCAAUGAGCAUAAACGCGCCGCAAGCCCCCAAACCACCAGCUUGACUUCCCAGAUCUUCUCGGUCCUCUUCCCCGGCAGCCCUGCGGUGAAUGCUAUCCUGGCGACGAUCUACAUCUCCGGCCCUCCCAACUUCCUUCUGGCGCUAUGCCCCCCCAACAUCGACCCCUCCUCCCUGUCCGUCAUGGUCGCAUUCGCGGUCGGCGGCCUCCUGGGUGACACUAUUUUCCACCUGCUCCCUGAGAUCUUCCUGGGUGAAGACUUCCCAGACAGCGUUCGCUUUGUCAUGGUUGAGCCGAACCGCAACCUCCUCCUGGGCGUCGGGAUCAUGGUGGGCUUCUUUACCUUUGUCGCGAUGGACAAAGCCCUCCGCAUAGCCACUGGAGGAGCCGGGCAUGACCAUUCCCAUGGACACUCUCACGGCCAUGACGAGAAGCCCACUGCCACGACGACCAGCUCCUCCCCCCAACCCUCCAACGAGCUCAAGCAACGCAAGCCAACAACCACCAACGCCGCCCCGGAGCCCGAAUCCACUGAGAAAGAGAUCAACCCCAGCGUCAAGCUAGGCGGCUACCUGAACCUUAUCGCCGACUUUACUCACAACAUCACCGACGGCCUUGCCAUGUCUUCGGCCUUCUACGCCUCGCCCACCGUCGGAGCAACCACCACUGUGGCCGUUUUCUUCCAUGAAAUCCCCCACGAGGUGGGCGACUUUGCCCUUCUGAUUCAAUCAGGUUUCUCCAAGCGGAAGGCCAUGGGUGCGCAAUUCGUAACAGCCAUUGGCGCCUUCCUCGGCACUUUCAUCGGUAUCGUCGUGCAAGAGCUCGGGGGAGGCCACAGCACUGCCGUCGAUAGCGCUAGCUCCGGUCUCUUCGGUACGAGUCUCACCUGGGGCGACAUGCUCCUGCCAUUCACGGCGGGAACAUUCCUCUAUGUCGGAACAGUCUCCGUCAUCCCCGAGCUCCUAGAAACAGGCAAGGACAAGAGUGUGGAGAUCAAGAAGACAAUCGUGCAGUUCUUGGCCGUCAUGGUCGGCGCUGGAAUCAUGCUUGUUAUCUCCUGGGAUUAAGGGCCCUAGUAAAAGUGUAGAAGAUGAUUGAUAAAGGACGUGUUCUGGCGUUAGCAGAUUGGAUCCGACGAAAAGAAGACGACAUGUAGACCAAAAUACUAUCUAGUACAUACAUAAUGAUGAGCAGCCUCAUCACCCGAUGUGUCUUAUCACAGGAUAAUUGAAAGAAUUUAAUACUACCGAG